AUUGUUCUUCGUGCUCUAUUUCUCUCGUCUCUCUUUCAAAUCAGGCAACAGCCUUAAGUUGUAUCCACCAUGAAGAGACCAAAACGAAGUAGUAGAGCUGAACUAACAGUCUCCCCCAAGAAAGCGAAGAAAACAGUGGGCGAUAAAGCUCAUUCUAUCGCCGACCUCCUCCUUUCCACGAUGGUGCAAAUGCAAGUGAAACGGAACAAGUCUUGCACUUCCUAUACAUCGAUUAUGAAAGCGCGGAAGAUGAAUGACCGGAACACGCCAUGGAGGAAAGAGUGGAGAUCGUUGAUCGAAGAGGGAUUCAUUCAACCAGCGUCCGUGUCCAAACCAGCGACAUCCAAUAGUGACGGCGGUGGCAACGGAAUCUUUACUGGUAAUUACGAACUGACCGAGAAGGGAGAGGACCGAGCUGGAACUCCCGAAAUGAAGGCCAUUAAAAACAUGAUUGAGACCGAAGCAGAGACAUCGGAAGAACAACAUGCUCGGAUUCGAAAGAUUUGCAUGAACAAUCGCACCGUGCAGAUUUUUGACUUGUUGCUGAAACACGGCCCGUUGACCCGCAAGGAACUCGCCGCUACCAUCGGCAUCAGCGAUCGGGGAGCUCCGUUUAGCUAUGGUCUGAGACAGCUCAAGGAGCUUGGAUACGUGGUUGUCGAUGCAAAGAACUCGGGUCGCGGAAGCAAAGCACUCAUACUCUCCGACAAGGCCUUUGUGGACCCCAAGGAUCGUCCCAGGGAGAUCCAUAUUGACCCCCAGAUUUUGGCUGCCAACUUGGAGAAGGUUUACGGAAGAGAAAAGAGAGCAGCGGCUGCCGCGAAGUCCUCGUCCUUGUCGAUCAAGGAAGAAAAGGUCAAGGAAGAAUCGAACCCCGCAAUUAAGAACGAAGAAGGAACGCCUUCCCCCGUCCAGAAGGAAGAUGAUAGCAACGAUUGACGGCUCUAAGAAACAGAUGGCGAGUUGGUAAUUUGCCCAUGAGAGACGGCGACGAUCAAAAUGUUGUCCAGAGAGGUUGUUGAUGGAGGAGCUAAUUUAACCGCAGAAUUCUAAUUUGACCAAAGCCAUCUGCAGCAGUGUUUCCGGUUCUCACGAACGUGUGUCUGAAAUGGGGCAGAAAACUUGUGGCUGUACAUUUAUUCCUAGGAUGUUACGACGUGAUAGGCACCUGAAAUAGAAAAGAUUGGUUACC